AUGGUGGAUGCCCAAGGCCGUGUCUGUCUCGCAAUAUCGGUGCCCCUGCCGCUUCCAGCCCUCGCUAAUUGCGUCUGCGGCACAUUCCCGCAACUUGCGUCUCUUCUGCCAGCCAUUGUGCCGUUCCAGCUCGCCAGAUCCGAGAGCGACGACGGAGCCAGCGUCGUUGGCAUCGCCGCCAUCGUCCUCUCGAUUGCUGGUCUGAUGGUCAAGCAAAAGGCACUUUCCCUGAUUGGCCUCCUGUUCGCCAUCGAUGCCACCCUCAACUCGCGCCACUCGGACAGCGAAUCUAAGGGCUACCAGAGCUUGAUGUUUGUUUUUAUGGGCCUCGUCAUGACCUACACUCAGGACUACCAAAAGUACCUCUCGGCUAACAAGCAGUGAAGACGCCAGAGGGACAGGAGCGUCGCGCGGUGCUCGGCCGGGCAUCGCUCAUCCUCAUCUCUGCCUUCUGCCACUUGCCGGACUGUCGCUUCGCUGUUGCCGUGCCGGCCGGAUACAUUCUAGAGCCCGAGGGACGGCAUGGCACCGUCUGUUGGCAAUACAUCGCCGUCCAUGCCGCACCAUGCGUUGCCGAGAACAGCGUAUGUCCGUCCAGGCCAAC